AUGGGAUUUACUGUUGACUUCCGCCUCCACACAACUUCUGUAACUUUGAAGGCGUGGGCGGCGUUGACCGUCCAUCCACCGGAUACGUCGAAAAUAGGCGGUGUGGGUGUCCAGAAGAAGCCGGAGACGUCAUCCGAAGGCCACGCCUCUUUUGCCAUAAAAGACGACUCGACGACUCCUGGCUUCACUCCUAUACGUCGCCCAAAGGCUCGGACUCCGCCUCUGUACCGCUCAUGUCGUCUGCUUCCUUCGUCGCCUUAGGUAUGUUUCCAGACUUUAUCACAAUUUAAAAUUUUUUUGAUAGCAUCUCUUUUUCAUAUUUUCAUUAUCUCGAUGUUUAACUCAGUUUUUGGCACAAUUAAAGAACAUUUCUUUUCCUUUGUUCAAGAUCUAGUUUUUUCCCUGAAAAAGUUAGCCGAGGUAUAUACAAUCUUAAUUUCGACUUUCAAUAAUUGAGUUUAUGAAACUAAAAUGGAAACCAAUCACGUUUUCAACUUCUCACAAAGCUCUGGGGUGAGUUAUAAUGUCAGAUUUGGAUUAAGCUUGAGAAGCCGAGUUUCUCAUGUGGUUCACAGACAGAAAAGGAGAUAGAAACGUCUUGAAGCUCCCUGAGAAGAAUAGAAAACAGUCAGUUAUUAUAUCUGAUUCCAGUGCUAUCAGUGCUGGUUUUCGUGUCGUCGGCGAUGCCCCUCGACUCGGUUUGGGUGGACGGGGAAGGCAACGCCGCCGCCUUCUUCGACGGUCGCUACUUCAUGAGACCUUGUCAGUUUCCAUAGGCAAUUUUUUUUUAAUUUUUUAAAACAUUGCUGGCCUUCUAUUUUUGUUAUUAAUUUAGGUUCAGAAACAAAAAUAUAAUCUAAAUCAUACAAAACUCAUGAAAAUUCAGAGAAUUAUCAAAAAGUUAGGAUAUAAAAUCUGACAAAUCUGACACUGCUUUCGUAUUCUGAACUAUUUUAUUUAUUAUUUUUCUAACAGUAUGCAGUGAAUAAACCUAUGAUUCCAAAUCUCGCGAUUUCUGUUAGUUUAACUAUAAAGACUUUAGGUAAUUACUGUUGAAUUUUCGCAAUUGCAAGUGUCAACAUUUGCCCGAAUUUCAGACUUCUCCAACAACUUCCAAAUGGCAAACCCGAUGCCGAAGCGGUCACCUUUCAGCAAGAGACGUGGACGCGAACUUUUCGGUUCGUUUUCUCUCCAAAGACAAGCUCUUUUUAAAUAUUAAAAAUAAUUUCUCAAAUGAUCAGAGACUCUGUCUAGGGGCUUGUAAAAAAUAAAAUGUAUGCGAUCCAUUAUAAUGUAAUUCCUGCUAAGCCCGAUCAACCUGCAUUCUCGAGAACUUAAAAAAACAUUUUCGUGAAUUUUUUAAGGAUUCUACAGCAUAGCUGCAAAUAAACUAUAGUAAAACUGAGUAGGUUUUCGCUUCCUACAUCUUUUAUUUCCUCUUCAGUGAGGUGCAACUGGAUCUUGAAGCGAAAUUAGCUGUGAAAAGUUCACGCUGAACAAAUAUUCGCUUCGAGACUCAGUCGGUGUGAAAUUGUUCAACUAGACAAAACAAAAUCAAGGGCAAGACGGCCCGAGGCAUUAUUUCGUUAAUUGAUGGGCAAACAGAGGUGCCAAAAAGGCGAAAUUCAAACCGAUGCGUGACGAUAUUUGCAGGGAUUCUCUUUCUUUUUUGCUAUGAUUCCUCCGAAUGAGAGAAAAAUUCAUUUUUUCGUCAAAGUGGGCAACGGCUUUCAAAAAAUUGUAUAUUUAGGUGAUUGAGUGACCCAUCUCACUAUCAAUUUUUUUUUGAAAGCCCUACUAGUUGGUAGUAAAUCUACUUUUUUUAAAAAUCAAACAAAGAACCACCAACAAAAAUUCAUUUUGACUCAACGUUGAACAAGGGGAAAAACACACACUACAUGAAAAAAAUUACUAAUUUCCUAAAUUUGGAAAGACUGUCUUCUUAGCUUUCUAAUUCGUCACUUGAGCAACGUCCUGGAAACAUUUCCACCAAAAAGCUCUGAGUUCAGCGUCCUGGAUGGAUUUUACUGCGCUUUUUAGUGAGAAUUCCAUAGUUACCAGGUUUCCGAACCAUUUCUUUCCAAAAAAUUUCUGAAGACGUAAAGGAGCUGUUUUUUACAUGGCCUGAAACAAUUUUCAGAGUAGCGAAAAAUAAAGAAAAGUGUAAAUAAGCAUAGCUACGAAAAUUCCCAUCUUCGGCCAUUUCCAUGGAAGAUUGAGGUCCGUAAACGCGAAAAGUUUACAAUCCUUUGUUUCAGAAAAUUUUCAUGGAAGCAAAGCUUGUAUGAUUUCAGCGUUAGCCGUGGUUUUAUAUAUUUUCCGAGUUUUAUAGUUGAUCUCGAUCAGAUAACAGCUUGGCUUUCGAAGAUCUUUUCUCUUGUCGAAUGAAAUCUCAUGUAUCAUUUUUGCGUUUCUUUUCGACAAAGGAAUUCCCAUAUAUUUUUCAAACCAAAAAAAGAACAAAAAUCGUUGAAAAAGUCCAAUAAGUGAUUCGCAUGCUAUACCUUUUUGGUUUGGGCUGAAGUUUAAAACUCAGAAAAAUAAUUCCUUCCAUUUUAGCAAAAUUCGUUUUUUCAGUACAGACUUAAUUGUUUGUUCAGGAAAGCGUUCGGCCCCGAUGCAGUUCGGAGAAGAGUCAUUCUGGCAGUCUGCCGAAAGAAAUCGACGACGUGCCAACGAGCUUUUCGGCCGGUGAGAUGACGUCAACGAGGUCGAUCUUCAGAAACUCGGAAAAAAAACCCCUUUCUGUUUUCUUUGCCUCCUUUCUCGCGUUGAAUCUUUUUCUACGUGUAAAUAAUAAAGCACUUCGUUAAUUUGUCUUCUACUUCUUUAAUUUUUUUUUUUCAACUGGUAAAAAUUUGUAUUUUCUUUGUUGUUGCAAUUUAGCGUGCAAAAUGAAGAACCCGGUUAGCCAAUGAAAAAUCACUCAAACUAUUGAGCUUUUAUCUUUUGCAGGGUAACUUCCGUAAAUUUCCUCAAAUCUAUCAUACAACGUAGUUUCCACCAAGAUUUAAAAAACCCCACCUGUUUCAUUUUUCGUAUUGUUUUGAGAAUUCUGAUCUUACUUCAAACCAUUUUUCGCAAGAAAGACAUAAAUGCGACACAGAAAACGUGAAAAUUUUCUCGAGGUGUAUGUAUAACGACUACGUUGCUUUAGCCAAGGAUGAACCCUCUUUUAAAUGCCGUCAAAAAUAAUCUCGACAAAGCUCAAGAUGUUUUUUUCAUUCAAGGAAAAGUCGUAAAAGUUGUGAAGCGCAGAAAGUCGACUGGUUCUUCGUCCCGACGACCUCACAGACUCCCUGGCACAAUGGCCAGUUGUUUUCCACACCACAAUCGUUUUGUGCUUGGCUGCCAAAGACGGCAAACGGGAAGGCAAAUGGGCGGUUCGUCGUCCCAAGAAAGCUGCCACGGAACUUGCUGCGCCGCCGCGGAUAUGUUUCCCCGGCGGUCAGCACGAUGCGAGGUCGAAUCUUUCUCUUUCCGCUACUUCUGUGAGUUCAAGCUCCUCCCAACAUCAGCAAUCAUACAUAGUUUUGAUAGUUAUCGAUAAAAGCCUAGAAAUAAGAGCUAACCUUUUCCCUUGGUAACCACUCUCCGAUGUACUAGAUGAAAGUUUGACCUUCACAACUCCCUUGUUUACGAGAACCGAUGCCUCAAAGUUACAGAAAAAGAAUCUUCGGUUGACUGGGCUCAGUAUGACCUCGGAAACUUUGACGAGGUGAAACCUCAGAAGCUUCAUUUAGUAAACUGCAAUGUUUUGUUGCCAGUUUUUAGAAAUUUCCAAGUUCAAAUUAGAGAAAUCGCUCUUGAGAAAGUCUUUGACUCGCUAUCUUUCGUAAAACAGUUCCCAUUAGAAUAGAAACUGGUGCAGAGCUCUUCGGACCGCCGGAUUGCCUCGACCCAAAGACGUUUUCUCUUGCUUUGCCUUGCACACAAACACGUUUCUCGAAAAAUCGGGAAACGUCUUGAUCGAAGAUGUGCACGACGUCUACGGCUGUCUUCGAAGAUGCUUCCAGGUCUCUUGGAUUUCCCUUUUUUCGAAUCUAUCGGAAAAGUCAGGCAGCGAAAGACUACGGCUUCCGGUGCAAAAGUGCCAUGUACAAUGUGAACGCCGGUUCCUGCAUCCUAUCCAAGUUUGAUCGAGGGGAACGCAAAGUCAAGUCAGUUCCUUUCAUUCUUUCCUAAAUAAAAUAUUCAUGAUUAUAAAAUCACAGCCUGUGCGUACUUCGAGAGUUUUCACGUUGUAUUUUAAAGACAUCCGUAUCUCGAUUAACCUGCUAUCAACCAAAAAAAGUUGUGAUUUAUUUUGUUAAUUCAGAACUGCGAAGCACCUACAAAUCGACAUGUACGAAAAUAACUGUCUCAAUGAGGUUCUUGCGAGAACAAAACAGAUAAGUAUAAAAGUUGUUUUUAUUUCAGAGUGGGACGGCAGGUCUGAGCGAGUUUGUGCAUCAAACUCGGACGACGGCGUCCCCUCUCACCGGAAACCAAGUUCGGAGAGCAAAGUACAGGUGUGAUCAAAACAUUGUCAAAAAUGAUAGACGUUUUUCAAAAAAAACUGACAAGCCCAUUAGUUGAAAAGGUUCCUUCCGAAGAUGAUUAACAUUAAAAUUGAAUCGGCCAACUUUUUUCUUUCCGGCAACGGCCAUUAAAGCCAUUGGCGGGCAUUUUAUGCCAAAAAGAAACGGCAAAAAGGGAACGUCCUCACUUGGCUUUCGAUCAAGUCCCUAUUAGAAGACGAUAAAGCAAUCAAUCACAAAAAAGGAAACAUCCGCAGGAACUUGUUCGUCCACGCGGUCAAGCAAUACGCCAUCGACUCGAAGCCGCCGCCACUCAAGGUUGCCGUAUUUAACGCUCGAAAAAAGUUACCUCUGAAACUUUCCAGAGAAUUUUUUGCGUCACUAGCUUUCAUUUCUUGAACUUCUUUCUUUGAACUGUCCCUCUGUCUCUCUCUUGCUUAUACAAAGUAGCGACCGCAAAGUCCUUUAUUUCUUUCACGGAAAAAUUACAGUUUUCAAUCAAUUUUUAUUCAUUCCGCACAGGUAAAUUUUCAUUCGAUUUUCUUCGUUUGAAACUACUGUGAUGGAGUGAUUCUCUUGUUAGAACAAAAUUUCAAAAAUUUUUAAACUUGCAAUUUUUUUCCUGCGAGUUUUGUCUCCCAUAAAAAAAUAUCCUUAAAUUUAAUGUUAAAUGCAUUUUUAAAUCGAUAGGUGGUAGUGAAAAAGUUGGUUGAAAGUUUUUUUGUUCUAUUCAGCACAAAAAGCCAACUAAUGAGAAAGAGAAAUUAUCCAAAAAUGUUUUUUUAGAGAUUUUUCUUCAGAGAAUCGUGGAAAACAAUGCGUUUGCCAGACCAUCUUCUACAACUUCUAACAGCGUUCGUUUACAUUUAAAAAGUAUCUUCUUCAUGCUUUUUUUCUGUAUUCAGGCCAACUCGAAAGCAAAACGCAUCUCAAACAAAAGUGAGAUUUUUUUCAAUGAUUUGGCUUUUUUUUAAACAACAUUUUACUGACUAGAUAAGACAAAGGUCCAAAAAUUUAAUGAUGUUGAGAUUUGAUGAGCUCAACGGCGAUCAGCAACGAGACAUGGAAAACAAACGGUUAGAUCAUUGAGAACACUUACUCUUUCGAAUCUAUCACUCUAAUUUUCCUCCAAAAAAAUUUCCAUCUCAGAAAACUGCUUCAAACGGACGCCUUCGAGAGUUCUGACGCGCUUCGAGGAACAGACUCUGCAAGAGACGAGCCUCUCCGAAUGUAUGCUCGCCUGCGUCGUCUCCUCUCGUUUCUACUGCGCCAGUUUCAAUUUCAGUCCGACACAGAAGGUUCUUAUUUUAAAUAUAAUUGUUAAAAAAUAGUUCAACCAUCUGAAGGUAUGCGUGCUAAACGGCGGCAACUUGCACUUGAACGGCGCCACCUUCAACCAAUCACGAUCAUUCGACUAUUACGAAAACACCUGUCGGCCGCGUGUUGGCGGAAGUUCCGCAGCAAGUGAGUCUUCUGAUUCUCUGACCUCAUUGCUGCCUUUUCUAAUUUGCCGACUUCAGAAACUGCAGAACAUUCGAAACUCGACCCCAAAUGUUUUAGAAUUCAUAAAAACUCUCUACUCAAUUCUUUCGACGCCGUAAUUGUUCCGGACGCUGCUCAACUAGGUUUCCAUUUUUCUGAUGAUUAAAACUAAAAAAACCGCAAAAAUUUCUGGUUCGGUUACUUCUAAGCUUUCUAAUUAUAAAUUGUUCUAUUAUAAGAAAAUAUUUUUUUAAAGUUAAUUAGAUACACUAGUGUUUCGAGAGGCGCAUCCUCAAAAUUCGAAUUUUUUUAAAACCAAGAAGUUACAAAUUAUUCGAAAUAUUGAGAAGAUCAUCAGAAAAAAAUUUUAUAAUAUCGCAGAGUGUAAAAAAAGGAGCCUCCGUUUUAUAAGACUAAUGAUUUACCCAAAAUUUUUAAAAAUAAACUUCUUUUCAUAAACGUCGAAGCUGACUCAUACACACCUGAACGAAAUCCAGACAGAAGCCAACAUGCCGAACCCUAAAAUUCACACACGAGUCGCGUCGGAAUUAUAGAAAUAACUUUGCAGACGGCUGCAUGAAAGCUUGCAAUUCGGGAGAGUCGAAAUGCGUCGCCUUGAACUGGGUGGAGACGCCGGGAGGCUGUAUGAUCUUCUACAGAUCCUACGACGCCUCCUUGAUAGUUGCAUCAAACAAAGGCUCUUUUGUGGUCAACAACUGUCCAAGUGUGAUCUAUAGAAAAGCGAUUAAUCCUCUCAAACAUCAGGCUCGCCGAAUGAAAGAAGAAAAACGACCUCGGGGAGCUCAAACGACUACUACGACCAGAUUUCAUGA